AUGGCGUUAUCGCAACAACACCCUCUUCCCGAGUCGCCUCCCUACAUGGAGUGCCAAGGAAUGUUCUUUCCAUAUAAUGUUAAUAUGGAAUGUCUGGAGGCGAUGAAGACGUUUGAGAUACGUGACGAUGAUGUGGUGAUAGUUAAAGCCAUUGUCGUCCUGCGAAACCCCAAGGAUAUCUGUGUGUCAUCCUACCACUUCAGCCAGAAAACUGUCCAUCUUAAGACCCCAGACUCUUGGGAGCAGUACUUGAAGGACUUCUUUGAUGGAAACAAGCUCUAUGGUGACUACUUUGAUCACGUGCUGGGCUGGUGGCAAAUGAGGAAUGACCCCCACUUCCUCUUUGUCAAGUACGAAGAUAUGAAAAAGGAUUUUCGCUCGUCAGUGAAGAUGAUAGCAGCCUUCCUAGAGAAAGAACUGACCGAUGAAAACCUGGCCAGUGUCCUGAACAGCUGCAGUUUGGAGUCAAUGAGGAAGACAUUUUCGGAAUUUGAUAUACGGAGAAAGGUUUUUGUCAGGAAUGGUGCGGUCGGAGAUUGGAAGAACCACUUCUCGGCCGAGGAGAGCGCCAGGUUUGACCAGAAGUACCGUGAACGGAUGGCAGGAACAGGGCUGGAGUUUGACUUUGAGUAG